GGGGCCGUGUCUGGCCCCGGGCCGAGCGCUGACAGCCGCGUGUCGCCCGCAGGGAAGUCGCUGGAGGCGUUGCAGGAGCGGUACCGGAUGGGUUCGCUGCUGGGCAGAGGCGGCUUCGGCAGCGUCUUCUCGGGCACCCGGCUCGCGGACGGCGCCCCGGUGGCCAUCAAGCGCGUGCCGCGGGGUCGCAUCCGGCGCUGGGGCGAGCUGCCCAACGGCGCCCGUGCGCCCCUGGAGAUCGUGCUGCUGGACAAGGUGUCCACUGGCUUCCCUGGAGUCAUUCAGCUGCUGGAGUGGUUCGAGCUUCCCAGCUGCUUCUUGUUGGUGCUGGAGCGUCCGGAGCGAUGUCAGGACCUCUCUGAUUUCAUCGCGGCUCGGAGGUUCCUGCCGGAGGAGGAGGCGCGGGGGCUGUUCCGCCAGGUGCUGGAGGCCGUGCGGCACUGCAGCAGCUGCGGGGUCCUGCACAGGGACAUCAAACCGGCCAACAUAAUCAUGGACCUGGACAGCGGGCAGCUCAAACUGAUUGACUUUGGCUGUGGCACCUUUCUCCAGGACACAGUCUACACCCAGUUUGCAGGAACACUGUCCUACAGCCCCCCAGAAUGGACCCACCUCAAAUGCUACCACGGCGAGGCAGCAACGAUCUGGUCCCUGGGUAUCCUGUUGUACCAGAUGGUUUGCGGGAAGCACCCGUUCCAGAAGGGCCAGGACAUCAUCUGGGGCCAGCUCAAGUUCCCACAACAGCUCUCUCAAGAGUGCCAAGAUAUUAUCAGUUGGUGUUUAUCCAUGCGCUCCUUGGACAGGCCAUCUGUGGAAGAUCUGUUCUAUGACCCUUGGCUGCAGGAUGUUCAUCUGCCCUAGAAAAUGGGAGAGAUUCACAGGCACCAUUUGAUCCAGGAGCCUGGAUAAAAUAGCUCCACACAUCUCUUGGUGAUAAGAAGCAAAGAAACCCAGACUUCUUUGUCCUGCCUGUACCACGGAGCAGGGGUCAUCAGAUGGGAACAUCUGUUCUGGAGCUGAGCUGGUCUUGCAAGCACUGGCGACCACCAUCCAACCUGGUUUUACUUGUCCUGCUUCAGUGAUGGCUGAGUCCCUGGGCAGAGCACUGACAGCCUGGUCUGGCCCCCAGGGAAGGAGAAGCAGCCCCUGGAGAAGGUGUCCCAGGUGGGGCUGCUACAAGGACAACCUCAAGGAUGGCAACCUCUUCCUCGACCUGGCCACUGGCAGCUGGAGAUGAUCAACUUUGAUUCUGGCACUUUCUUUAAAGACAUGCUCCACACCCAAUUUGCAGAGCUGGGCUCUGCGGAUGCUGAGGAGCUCUGGGCUCUGCUGGGCUCAGCCCUGGGCACAGGGCUGUGCCCUCACAGGGCUCUGACAGCUUUGCAUCAGACGAGCCCGUUCCGAGCACAGCGCCUGAGCUUUCUGCUUUUGCAGAAGUGCCACGAGUGGGCAAAACCUGGCGAGCGGGCCGUGUUCCUAAGGCAGUGCAGCCUGGAGCUGAUGGAUGGAGAAUUGUCCUUCUACACUUCCAAGCCAGAGCAAAAAGCUGUAAGUGGGACUUUCCAUCUUUAAGAAAUCACUGACAAUUUAAAGGAAAUGUGCACCUCAUUUGAAGGGUGAGAAGGAAGGGCAUCUUCUAAAGGAUUUGGGGGUUGACAGAGUUUAGAUUCCCAGUCCUGCUUGAAGCUGGCAGGGCACAAAGCCAUUUCAUCUUGCUUCAACC